AAAUAAAAAACACUUGUCUCCUGAAACAACUGAAAGUCGAUUUUUUGCAAUACCAGUUUAAACUUCGAUCCAAAUUUAAACUUUAUCUUAAUAAUGUGUUUCAUUUGGUUUAAGCAAAAUUGAACUUAUAUAUAAAUUUAAGUUUAAACGGUUAUUGAAAUGCCGACUCUGAACGUCGCUGUUGAAUUUCGUUUGGAAUUCACACAAAUGGUUCGCGUGAUAUUUCAAUUGCAAUAUCCUGUGUAUCACUUCGCUAAAUUAACGAGAUUAUUAAUUUAUAUGUAAUAAUGAUACAUAUAAGUUAGGGAAUUCCGGUUGUUGCGAUAAAAUUUACUCUUCAUUAGGGUUUCCUAAAUUGAUAAGUGACGUUGUAUUUCCUGUGCUAAAUCAUCGGUAUCAUAUGGAGAAAUAUAUUUCAGUUCGUAUAUCUAUGUGUGUGUGAAAAGAAGAUCAGACGAAAAAUUCGCUAACGAGUAAUAAUGUUUCUUUUACUGUCACCUAAGAAAAUAUUCUUCUGCACUGAGAGAAGACCGUUUGAUAUUUAUAACUAUAAUCACACAGAGAAUUAAUUGUUAGAAAUUAUGGCCAAGAAUAGCACUUUUUUAUUAAACUCUUAUUAAAGGUAAUAACCUCUUAUGUAUUAGAGAUAAUAACCUUAUAUGUAUAUUACCACUAUCAUUUUCCAAAAAUAACUAUAACUAUUUAGUUAGAUCAAUCAAUUUGUAAUUGUGUGAACAUCCAGCUACAUUAAAACUUGGUUAAGAUAAUUGAAAUCAAUUGAUUGAAUAGAAAUCUCUUACGACAAUUUUUCUAUUCUUAUAACCGAGUUUUUCGUCUGGGGGCCCUUAGGAUAUUUCGAUUUGUUAAUUACAGAAGAUACUAAGCGUUUUGCGAAAUUUUGAAGAAAAUGAUCAACGUUAUCUUGUCUAGUUAUGCUCUCUAUUUUAUUCAUGUGUGUGUGUGUGUGUUCUUAUUGAAGGUAGUGAUGCUUACGAAACAUCCUGUCAGGAAGAUAAAACGUAUUUCCUCGCUGUGCUCGAUAAAAAUUUAUCUUUUCAUAUUAUAAUUAUUGUAUUGUAUAUAAGCGCAUGGUACUUACAUUCGCGGCAUUCGUUCUUGAGAAUACGUAGCGCAAUAACAUUAUAAUCAUGUUGCAAUAUCUGUUGACAUUUCUCUGCGUUGCGUCGUACUGUGUAGCAACGGAUACAAACUUUUUGCAAGGCUUUGGUGCCAGUGUACGCAACCAAUCUUUUGUAACUGCAGGCCAAUCAACAUGCAAUGAUGAAAAUCUGAGCGCGACACAGAAAUUCCUGUGCAUGUAUAGCAACGGUUUUAAUCCGGCACUGCAAAAUAUUUACAUCACCGGACCGCCACAGUGGAGAAUGCAUAAACUUACUCAACUCUUAGAUAAAGCAGGAAGCGAUUAUCUCCUUACACCCGGCAUGGGUGCUCAUAAAUUUCACCAUCGCAAACUGUCGUGGAGCCAGGCUCGUAAAAUUUGUAUUAAGGAAGGGGGUCACUUGGUUAUUAUAAAUUCAAACUCGGAGGAGAAGCUACUGCUACGUAUUAUGGAGGAGCGCAAGAUCGAGAAAGCGUGGCUCGGUGUACACGAUCAAUUCGAGGAAGGUGACUGGACUACGAUUCUAGAUGAACCCAUGGAAACAUCGGGUUACUCAAAAUGGACCACGAAGAUCGCUAACCUGCCCGACAACUGGGGCGGGAAGCAGCAUUGCGGACUUCUUCUGAAGGACGGCGGCAUGGACGAUUUCGAUUGCUCCACACCGCACCCCUUCUUCUGUGAGAUCAAUUUCUAAAUCGGCCGUGAAUCGAUUGCGAGCGCGUGAGAUCGUAAUCGGACGCCGCGCAAAGACACGCGAUCAGCUAAAGCAUUACGCUUUAACGACGAUACAGGACUAGGGCUAUUAAGAUUGGAUUAACCGCGCCAGGUAACACAGCAAGUAUGCGAAUAUACUGUAAAUGCAGGAAUAUUUGCAAGUAUGUGUCAUGAUUAAUAAGGUAAAUGGAUCAAUGUCGCACGUGCGCACGACGACGGAGAGAUUAGAUCAUAAGUUUUAUUUUUAUAUUAAUGAUACUGCGGAUCACGCUUGUGAGUUGUGUUGAGAAAUAACGCAUGCGAAGUACCCUUAUCGUCGAGCAUACGAAAUGAGAACGAACGUAAUCGCGAGAUGUAAGAACGUCAAUUCUUCAGAAUCGUCAUGGCCUCACCGGUUGAUGCAGAAGGAGAAUGAAAUAAAAUAAAAGUUAUUAUCACGAUAUGAAAAAUGUCAGAUGAGUAAACGGAAAAUAAUAAGUUCCACCACCACGAGAUUUAUCGUCCUC